GAAUUAAAAACUAGAUAGGUAUAUUACCGUCCGAGAGUAGAUUUCGAUAAAAAUAGCUGAACAUCCGGCGACGCUUAUCGACAGUUGCCAUUCGUUCUUUUAUUGCGUUGGAUAGUUGACAUAGAACAUUUAAAAGUUUAAACCAAAGGAAAAUAAGAAAAUAUUUUAAAAAUGGAGCAACAAUUAAAAGAAUUGGCUUUUGAUUUUUUCAACGUGGAUGCUAUUAAAUUUGGAGAAUUCGUGACAAAAGUUGGUUUAACAACUCCUGUUUAUGUUGACUUAAGAGUUUUAAUUGCACAUCCAAAAAUAAUGCAAAAAUUAUCACGAGCUUUAUGGGAAUUAUCAAAGAAUUCAUCUUCAAAAGUAACACAAAUUUGCGGAGUGCCUUAUACAGCUUUACCAAUUGCAACAAUAAUUUCUAUUGAAUCAAAUAUUCCAAUGUUAAUUCGAAGAAAAGAAGCGAAAGGAUAUGGGACCAAAAAAUUGAUUGAAGGACAAUUUAAACCUGGAGAGCACUGUGUAAUUAUAGAAGAUAUUAUUACAAGUGGUAGCAGUAUUCUUGAAACUGUUAAUGAUUUACAAAAUGAAGGUUUAAAGGUAACCGAAGCAUUAAUUGUCGUCGAUAGAGAACAAGGUGGACGGCAACAUUUAGAAGAUCAUGGAAUAAAAGUAAAGAGUCUAUUUACUCUUAGAAAAAUUAUUGAAUACCUCGUGGAAGCUGAACAUAUUGAUAGAAAUAUUUUAGAAAAAGUUUCAAAUUAUUUGAAAAAUUCACAAGCACCUUUGAAAGUAAAUAAUCAAGACACGCAAGUUGAACGAUUAAAAAUGGACUUCGUUACUCGAGCGAGACUUGCGAAAAAUCCACUAGCGAAAAAACUCUUAUUUCUCAUGGAUAGAAAACAAACAACACUUUGUUUAGCAGCUGACUUAACAGACGCGGAGAAAAUUCUCGAAUUAGCAGAAUUAGCAGGACCACAUAUAGCAGUAUUAAAAAUUCACGUCGAUAUUAUAGUGAAUUUCACUUCUGACUUUGUCACUCGACUACAAGAAUUAUCGAAAAAAUAUAAUUUUCUAAUUAUGGAAGACAGAAAAUUCGGAGACAUUGGACACACAGUUUCGCUUCAAUAUCGAAAUGGAAUUUAUAAAAUAGCCGAAUGGGCGGAUAUUGUAACAGCACAUUCAGUUUCUGGUAAAGGAGUGAUCGAAGGAUUAAAACAUGGUCUCAAUGAUCUCACAGAAAUUCGUGGAGUUUUUCUUGUGGCAGAAAUGUCCUCCGAAGGGGCAUUAAAGAAUGGAAAUUACAUCUCUCAAACAAUUUCAAUGACAACAGAUAUUAGUUUAGUGUCUGGUGUUGUUUGUCAGUCAAAUAUUUUUUCAGAUCCAGGAUUAAUACAACUCACACCUGGAGUGAAAUUAUCAAAAUCUGGAGAUGACUUGGGACAAAGGUAUAAUACUCCAGAGGAUGUUGUCAAUUCUGGAGCAGAUUUGGCUGUUGUUGGUAGAGGAAUCACUGAAGCAACAGAAAAACUUGCUGCUGUAAUGGAAUACAAAAAACAAUUGUGGGAUGCUUAUGAAAAGAGGAUCUCAAAAGAAUAAAUCAACAAUUUUUCCAAAGACAUUAACAUUUGUACAUACAUACAAAAAAAAUGACUAUUUGUCCUACAUGCCAUAACUUUUAUAUUAAACAGAUUAAUAAAAUUAAUUAAAAUUUCUAAUAAGACAA